AAAUUUAGAUUAGAACGUUUUUUUUCUGUUUAUUUUUGUUUCUUUCAAUAUGAGUUUUUACUAAUUGUGUUUCAUUUAUUUUUUCACCUUAUUAUUCAAAUUUUAUCUCGAUUCUGAUAGAGUUGAUCACAUCAUGAAACUACGGGGAGAGGCUGUUGACAUGAGUGUCGUUACUCAAGUAACAAGAAUUGUCAAUUUAUUCGCUAAACAAUCUAAAACCCUAGUUCUUAAAUUUACUCAAGAUCACAUUUAUAUUUUGGCUGAACCAGAGGUUACUGAAAGAGCCAUGAGAUUAUGGACCGAAAUACCACAGUCUUCCCUAUUUCAGCAGUACGAACUUGCUGGUAUUCCCCCUGAUAACGUUAUCUAUCUUAAGACUAAGUCAGAAAAUUUGAUGAACUCUCUCAAAACUUCAGCUUCAAAUUGUAGAUCUUUAAAGAUAAAAUUACGCCAAAGAACAACUCCAUGUCUAUCAUUAGAAUUUGAACAAACUAGUCAGUUGACCAAUAAAAGCCGGAUUAUAUAUAAUUAUAUUGAUGUCGAAGUGGUUUACAAGAGAUACUGGAAUCGCUAUGAAGAGCCUAAUUUACCACCACCUGAUAUUACUGCAAUUUUACCUCCUGUUGCUCACCUAAAAAGCUUCACAGAAAAAUGUCGGAAUAUUGUUUCAUUGCUGAAUAUUUCUUUGACAGCUUCCCGUGAUCUAGUAUUUCAAGUUAAAGGAGAAUCACUCGAAAUAACACGCAAAUUUACUAAUGUAAACAUAGAGGAUGACCAUAGGAGUUUGGCCUUUCACGCUGCUAUUACUGUUGAUAUUAAAAGAGUAAACAAUUUUUUCAAAGCCUUACACCCAUCCUCAAAUAUUCAAGUCUAUCUCAAUCUUACAGACGAGCGCAAUGCGCACUUUUCUUUCCUGCAAGAUGGUAUUACCGUCCAAUUUGUGUUGCCACACAUUUCUUGAAAUUUUGUAUUUUACAAGUUGAAAGUAAAAAUUUAAUUCUUACUCAA